AUGCUCCUAGGGGAAAGGACUUCACGUGGUUUCGUAACCAACGGCCUACUUCGGAUUUACAACGACAGCAUGGAAAACGCCCUUUCAUGCUGGCUGACCGAGCACAACUGUCCGUACACACUACAGAAACAUAAAACGUCUGUCUUAUCAUCAGGGAGAACAAACAGGGAAUGGGGUUCGUCAUGGGGUAAUCGAAUGUACAACCGCGUCAUCCAGCUUGACCGAGCGUACAACUCCAUUCGUAUACGAGCUUUAACGGCUGAGGAAGAGCGUACAGCUUCUAAAGCACUCAACAUGGCCGUUGUGGCCUUUGCAUCGCAAUGGGCUCAAGCCGGUGACCGAGGUUCGCGGGCUCGAUCGACAGAUUACAACUUCUCGACGGACGAAUUCCCAGAGUCGAACUACUUUGAGCGGUCAAUGCAAGAAGGUCUGUGGCACCAGACAUCCCAGAUACUUCACCGUGCAGCUGGAAUUGAUUCGUUCCGCAUCGUCUUCGCAAUGAUCAUCUUCUCGCUCACACAACGGCCUCUCGAUAUAACCCGCCCAUUUCCGUACAGCAUGUCCCAACUGAAAGCCAAGUACGAAUACUUCAAGAGCAUCAUACAAGACGAUGAGUCACCGAUAUUUCUGGAACUAGCAUUGCGCCAAAUGAUGGCUCAGCGACGUUCACUGGAACGCGCAGAACAAACCAUGCCCAGAACAGCAGACGGAGAGUUCCAAGACCCUCUCCAACAAGAAGACCGCGAUACCUUCAACCUGCUGUACUGGCUCGGCGUCAUGUUCGACACACUUUCCGCUACGAUUUCAGAACGCACAGUCGUCGUCGACGACGAAGACUGCGAACUCCCUCGACCAAAGAGCCGCAAACCCACUCCUCCCGCCGCCGCCACAUCUGCCUCGACCGCAUGGCCAGUGAUACCAAACAUGUUCAACACUCAGUUCCAUCCUGUUCCUCCCGACGCCACCGUUGACGCCCCGACCGUGGACAGUGGGGCAUCUAAGGACCCAGAAGACAACAAAGUAUGGGGCGACUUGUUCAUGCGCAACCCAGACUCGCAAGUAGACCCCAAAGCAACGAGAUGGCCAUGCAGUUACAAACUCGCCGCAUCGACGUUGAGUUCCGCCGCGCCGGUAAAAGUGCUUUUGUAUCGACGGGUAUCCCAGAUUCAAACCUUAGUCUCGCGACAAGCAUCAGCAGAUAAACUAGAAUCCGCCAUCAACGCCGCCUUCCAAGUAUACACGUACUGGUCCCGCACCUACGCUCCCUUCAUCUCAGACUGCAUAACCCAUCACGCCACGCUCCCUACCCGCAUCCAAUCCUGGUACAUUCUUCUCGCGGGGCACUGGCAUCUCGGUGUUUUCCUCCUUUCGGACCUCCUUCACACAAUCGACACUGCAGCCCUCUCGCUCCCCAACGAGCGAGCUUGCCGCUUGUCUUCCAACCUCGUGGCUACGCUGCGUCGCCAGAAUGCGCUCGCGGUUGCGGAUCUGAGUCUGGCGAGUAUACAUCCGGCGACGCAGAGCGAAGAGGAAUUUGCGGCAGCCGCGGCCGCGGCCGCAGCCGGGGGUGUACGGAGCGAAUUCCAUUUUGCGCUCAGUGAAGCGGCACUGUUGACGGAACCGUGGACCAUCGUCUUCGUGCGGUCCCUGUGCAGAGCAGGCUACAUACUCGUGUCCAUCGCGGCCUCGACCGACUUCACAGGCGAAGAACGCGAGCAAGCGCGGGCGCGAUGCGGAGAUUGCAUCGAGGGUCUGUGGUAUCUUGGUCGGAAAUCAGACAUGGCGUUCCUGGCAGCCCGCUGCUUGAGCAGCAUGCUGGAUGAUGCUGUGUUGGAGAUGGGGGGUCGAAACACAACGACAACGACGACGGCGACAACAACAACAACCGAGGAUGAAGACGAGGGCGGCCGCACGAGUGCGAGUGAGAAGAGUCCUGCCACCGGUAGUGCGGGCGCUGCACCUAUGAUGACCACCGCACCCACAGCGGAUUCUGCUACGUCGCUUUUUCAGAACUGGGGUAUCGACGAUAUCAUGCGCGAUGUACACCCUCAAAACCUUGCUGGAGCACCACCACAACCACUACCAACAGGCCAGCAUCAACGACAACAACAACAACAACAACAACAACAACUCAACUUUCCCCUUCCUCUUCCUCACCCUCCUCCUGCUCCUCCAUCCAACUACCAAGGAUCUGCAACUAGUUACCCAGACUCCGAGGCCCAGCUUCCACUUCCAGAUGGCGAUAUUCUGGAUUUUCAGGCUCCAUUGGAUUUGGAUGCGUCGAAUGUUUGGGAUUUCAAUAUGCAAUCGUAG